ACCGCAGGUUCUGCAGGGGAUCAGAGGUUCUGCAGUCGGACCGCAGGAUGGCUCGGUUUGGACACAUUCAGGGGGUGAUAAUGCUGCUGCUGAUUAGCGCUCUCCCAGUCGUGCUGGUUCUGACCCGGGUUAGGCAUCCUGUGCCUGUUCUGUGGAUGAUGCCGGUCAGUUCUGCGUCGGGGAGGGAGAACCUGAGCGCAGGACUGGUUCCAGCAGUCAGAAUGGCUCUGCAGGACCUGCAGGAACAACCAGAACCGCUGGGGAACUAUGAGAUCCAGCUGCAGCUGCUGGACUCUCAGUGUGACCCUGCUGCGGCCCUCAGAGUCCUGUUUGACACCAUGUGGGCGGGGCCCAGGUACCUGCUGAUGAUCGGAGGGGCGUGUCCACCUGUGGCGGCGCUCAUCGCUCGUGCGCUGCCGGCUCUCAGCCUGGUCCAGGUGUCCUUCGUGGCUCCGCCCCCCAGCCUGUCCAACAAGAAGUGGUCCAAGAACCUGUUUAGCACAGUGCCGUCGGUCCGAACCCUGAACCAGGCGGUGGUGAAGCUGCUGCAGCGGUACAGGUGGAGGAGAGUCGGGGUGAUCAGCGGAGACGGUCCAAGACUGGCUGAGAUGAAGAAGGAUCUGAUCCGACAGCUGCUGAAGGCCGACGUUCAGCUCGCUGCCACAGAAACCUUCUCUGAAGACGCCUGCAGCCGCUUGAAGGAGCUGAAGGAUCGAGAUGUUCGGAUCAUCAUCGGGCAGUUUGAAGAGGAUUCAGCGUCCGAGGUGUUCUGCUGCGCCUACAGGCUGAACCUGUUCGGACCUCGGUACCAGUGGAUCCUGGCAGCUGGAUGGAGGUUGGGGUGGCAGCCGUCCGCUUGUUCAGCUGACAGCCUGCUGAUGGCGGCACACGGGUCCUUCAGGCUGCAGAUCCGACACUUCAGCGCCUCAACCUCUCCUGGCGUCUCGGGCCGGACUCCUCAGAACUACCGGGACUCGUACCGCAGACAGCUGGUCCAUCAGGGGUCAAAGGUCAACCCGCUCCACGCCUUUGCCUAUGACGCCAUCUGGGUCGCCGCCAGAGCUCUGAGUCGGGUGAUGGAGGCGCUGAAGGUCCGGGAGAAGUACGGCGCUGCGAGGAACGUGACAGUGAGCGAGGAAGAGGAGGUGAAGAUGCUGCUGGAGGCCGUGAAGAACGAGCAGUUCCAAGGCGUCACGGGUCCAGUGUCCUUUCAGAACGGGGACAGAAUGACGACGAUGGAGCUGAUCCAGCUUCAAGGGGACAGUGAGGUGUUGGUGGGGGAGUUCAGCUCUACCACCCAGCAGCUCCGACUGAUGAACCACCUGCUAAAGUUCAAAGGUCCAGGCCCGGCUGCAGACCAGACUGUGGUCCUCCUGCAGCGCCGACCCGUCAGCCUCCUGCUCUACUCCGUCGUGUCUUCAGCUGCUGCCGGCACCAUCUUCAUCACUCUGCUCGUCCUCUGCUUCAUCAUCAUCAACCACAGACGCUGGCUGCUGAGGUCCGGUUCUGCCCAGGAUUUGUUGCUCCUGCUGGGUCUCCUGCUCUCCUCCUCCUCGGUGCUCCUCUCUGGACUUGAUGACGCCCGGCUGUCUGAUGAAACAUUCAACGUCCUCUGCUCCGCCCGUCUGUGGACCCUUUCAGUGGGUCACUCUGUGGGCCUCGCAGUUCUGAUCACCAGAACCUGGAGGAUUUAUUCUGUUCUCAUGUGGUUCUGAUCUGGUUCUUUGCAGCCAAUAGGCCGUGCUCUGAUUUGGGUUUUCCUGCUGGAUCUGUCGGUUCUGACCUCUUGGCAAAUCGUGGAUCCCCUCAGAUGGGCGGUUCUUCAUCACAGCACAGAGGAGUACCUGCAGGAUCAGGAUGUCAUCAUCCGGCCGUUCUCUGAGCGCUGCAGCAGCAACUACCUGGAGCUGUGGCUCACCGCCGUCUAUGGACACAAAAUAACACUGCUGGCUUUCGGCUGUUUCCUGGUUUGGACCAUCAGAACCUCAGACCCCGGUCCUCCUGCCGUCAACAGAAAAUUCGUCCCCAUCAGUGUGUUAGGCGUGACGGCGUUCAGCGUGUCGGGCGUGUUUGGGUCGGUGCUGACGUCCCAUGAUCCUCCUCUUCAAUUCUGUCUGAGCAGCAUCCUCAUUCUCAGCUGUGCCCUCUUCAUCCUGAGCAGCCUGUUCGGACCUCAGAUUUUUCAUGUUUUGAGGAGCAGCAGCGAGCUGCAGGAUGAAGCUGCAGGUGAGGAAGAGGAGGAAGAGCUGUGGAGGUCCAACCAGGAGCUGAAGCGUCUGGGAGCUCAGCUGGACGUUCAGGUAGAAUCCUUCACCAUGCAGCUGGCUAUGUUCCAGGAGGAACCUGGAGAAGAACAUGAAGCUGGAGUCAGAUCUCUGACUCAUGAAGCUCAGAUCUGUUCUCCAAACAAAGACUCAGAGAGAAAAAGGCCAGAUGAUGCGAACUCUCCUGAACAUGUUUGGCGCCGUCUGUCUGUCCAGCUGCCUAUCCUUCAUCAUUCCUACCUGCCCAUCAUCGGUGGCAUCAGCACCAGCACUGCCAGUUUGUUCAGCAGCCAGGAAGUGUUUCUUCACCAUCACGACAACUUCCUGUAUGCCUAACAGAACGAAGCUCCGCCCGCAUUACUGUCAGAACUGUGGCAGAGAAAGAAAGAUUUAUUAAUCUGU